CCGCCGAAUUCAUCGCAAGCUAGCAUCGAAUAUCCACAUCAGUCGCUCCAAAUACUUGCCUAGCAACUGUAAACUUAGGGCGGUAGACUUUGAUACGGGCCACUGAUAUACGUGCGGGGGAUUGGAGACUUCCAAUUGUUGGAAGUUCUUCUCGCACUCGGGACAACCGCAAGACCGACGACUCACCGGUGUACCGCCCAAUCCAAGCUUGGCCUAUUACGAUAUUCGAUUAUUGAAUCUCUCAGUUCCUCUUAUACCGAGCCCACCCCGUCUUUGACCCAGAUGCUUGCACUCUAGAUACUCUUACUAUCACUCAGGAACAUUAGCUUAACUUACACGAUGGCUUCCGGCGUAAUUUCCAUUGAAACACAGCGCCAGUCUAUGGCCCAGGGCGAAGCCGAGGGCCUCAAGCUCCUGGGGCCGUGCCCCUCUCAUCUAAGUGAGGCCUGGAUCGAUAUCCUGCUGCCUGGCGGCCGGACAAAUCGCACAAGAGUCGUGUGGCCGAAACCAGCGGAAGGAGACCGUCGCACAUGUUCGCUGAUCGUUUACUUCCACGGCGGUGGUUUUGCAGUAUGCAGUCCCGACUUGGUCCUGGCGCCUGCUCGCGGCUUUUCGUCACUCUUCUCUAGUGUGGUGGCUUGUCCAUCGCUCAACCAAUUUCCCGAGCAGCCAUUUCCUGCGCCUACUCAGAUUGCUUGGGAAACUUGUGCAUGGUUGUCCGAUGUGAAUAACCUGAACAAAGGGUUAUUGAAAGGGACCGGGGCUGAGAUUGACUUGAAGCGUGGCUUCGUCGUCGGUGGCCUCAGCGCCGGUGGUACCGCCGCCGCCGUUAUCGCCGGUAUAGCUGGUGCAGCCUCAGCUGAAGUAAGAGAUUUCACCGGUAUCAGUCCUCUUCACGGCCAGAUCACCGGCGUUUUCACGGGAAUUCCCAUGCUAGUCACUGAUGCCAUGCUUCCGGCGCGGUACAAAGACGACCUGCGGUCCAUAGAAGAGCAAGCUGAGGAAGAGCCUCAGGUCGUCGCAUUGCUUCGAGAUCUCGAACAGCGGCUCGGUGACGCUGUUCACACGCCCUGGUUCUCGCCCAUCAAUCUGGAUUUAUCCAACCCGAAAACCACCCAGGAUCAUCCGAGGAAGGUCUUCAUCUACGCCGGUGCCCUUGAUGCUCUUCGCGAUGAAGCUAUCAUAUAUAAGAAGUGGCUCUCGGAACUUCCAGGGGUUGAAGCUCGAAUACGCGUGCUUGAGGGUCAAAAGCAUACCGCUUGGACAUCGCUACCGGGGCCUGACAAUCACAACCCGAAGAUGAAGGAGAUGACACUCGACGGUAUGGCAUGGUUGCUUGGCUUGGAAUGGGACAAGAGCCAGUUGGACACCCUGAUUUAGACGUUAGCCUUAGAUAUAAGGAUAAUCCAAAGGACAGAAUAGCUUUCUGACGAAUAUAUUUCACUUCAUGAUUUCUAGAUGUGGCAAGCAACGCAUCAUUCCCAGUGCUCGCAAAAUGCUUCCGGAAAACCAUUGUCGGGGCAGAUGAUCGGAACGGUAUCCCCUCGCCCCCUUAUCACCUCCUCU